CUUGAAUCAAGACACGUUAGAUUGGUUGAUUUGCUGUCGAGAGACGAGUCAACAGUGGAAGGGUUUUUGUUGUAGUCAAUGACUCAUUUAGGUCAUUUUCCUCCUUCAGGACUCCUGGAUAUAAAUUUCUUUUCCUGUGCUCCACCUGUGGGUUUCCUUUCUACACUCUGUGGGGACUUUUAUGGAGUGUGAAAUUUGUCCAGCAAGUGUGAAGUUUGACAGAGCAUGGCCGGUGGAACCACAGCUGAGUGUUGAACCUCUUCUGUCCAGUAAGGCAGCCCAGACAUGACAACAGUGUCCAUGGAGCCUGUGCGAGUCCUGGUGGAAAGGGACGGCAAUGCAACUGACCCUCCUCUGAACUCACUUGAAGAUACAGCCGCCACCUUUACCAUUGGAACCAUCCUCUCCAUCAUGUGUCUCAUUGGAGUCUCCGGGAACAUCUACACCCUGGUGGUGAUGUGCCAGUCCAUGAGGUCUGCAGCCUCCAUGUACAUCUACAUCAUAAACUUAGCUUUAGCAGAUCUGCUGUAUCUUCUCACCAUCCCCUUCGUAGUCUGCACACACUUCCUGAAGGGAUGGUACUUUGGAGAUGCAGGGUGUCGGAUUCUGAUAAGCAUGGACUUCCUGACUAUGCACGCAAGCAUCUUUACUCUGACAAUCAUGAGUACAGAACGCUACUUUGCAGUGCUCAAGCCACUCGACACAGUGAAACGAUCGAAAAGUUAUCGGAAAGCUAUUGCCCUACUUGUCUGGGUAGCUUCUCUAAUCCUCACCCUACCGAUGAUCGUGAGAAUUCAACUGAUGGCAGUGGGCACCAAGCCUAUGUGUCAGUCCACUUUGUCACCGCUCUCCUACAAGAUUUACAUCUCCUUCCUGUUUUGCACUAGCAUUGUCGCUCCAGGACUGAUUAUUGGCUAUCUUUACAUCCAGCUUGCACGCACUUAUUGGAUUUCACAGACGGAGACAUUCAAGCAGACCAAAAAAUUACCAAAUCAAAAGGUGCUCUACUUGAUCUUUACAAUCGUGCUCCUCUUCUGGGCAUGCUUCCUGCCCUUCUGGAUCUGGCAACUGCUGGGUCAGUUUCACCCCUCGUUGCCGCUCUCCACCAAAGCCAAACGUAACAUCAACUACCUGACCACAUGCCUGACGUACUCCAACAGCUGCAUCAACCCGUUCCUCUACACAUUGCUCACCAAGAACUACAAGGAGUAUCUGAGGAAGAACAAGCGCCUGUGGACAACUGGCAACUACUUCAACAGGAGUCGUCGUUUUCAACGUUCACCGCGCAGAUCGCCAUCUGCCAGCAGUCAGCAGUGCACUGAGAGCUUCAUGCUCACGCACACGGCAUCACUACGAGCUCAUAACAGCAGUUUGUGAGAUAUGACUGAGAGCUGUGAGGGGACACAAAAAGAAGAAGCAGUUGGAGACACAGACGGGAGCAGAGCCCGAACUCCACUUCACUCCAUUUGACCACAAGUGAGACUGAGGACAGAGAAGAUGUCUUGAGUAUUUUGUUUUUUAACAUGUGCGGACACAAUUAUGUUAAAUGAACACCUGGAGGAACCAGUGCUGUUGGACACAAUGUACAAAACAGAACCCCCUCCUCACCACCCUCGCAUCCAUAUUCAUCACUUGCAGAACUUCCUGUUGCACAGAGAGAGACCAGCGUCAAAACACACAAAACAGGCUCGUCAUAUUUUUUCGGGUUUUCUCCCAUGCUUGCUUUCUGUGCUUGCGCUGGGUGAGCCUGCAUGCUGGCCCAGGGCAAGCUGUUAUUUCCUGGUGACUGAGAGAGGUGUACAGUACAUGCUGCUGACGCACAAGAAAAACAGGAAUCGAGGGUGUGAUUUUGAAUAACACAUAAAAAACCAAAACAAAAAACAAAUGUAAAAUCAAUGUACUUACGCUGGUCAAGUGGCAAAAUAUUACACAAUGUCUUUAGCUGGUCCUCGCGACCCCUUCUUGGAGGGCACUGUAAAUGUUUUGUUCUUCAAAACAGCAGGUAGAAAAAGAUACCGACUACAAAAUGAAGACAAAUUGUAAAUGCUAAAACAUGAAUGCUGUUAUGAACUUCUAAACUCCCACUCUCUGGAUUUCCUGUUUUAUAAAGAGCGCUCAUGAGAUACUCCAAAAUUAAUGGAGCCCUAAGGAGGUGUAAUCCAAAUAUGUACAUUGUGUGGUGAUUUUCUGCAACCACCGUAAAGAGCUGCUUUUCUUUACUGAUGUGCUCAUCUGCUCUGGUUUGUAUAGAAGCUUGUUUCCACCACUGAAAAUGUUUUUUUAGCCAUCCAUAACUCAAAAUAUUGUGUUAUGUAUCUCAAAAUUAAUUAAUUGAGUUAAUCAGCUAAAAUGUUUAAGAAAAUAACUCUUCCAAUCAGGAAGCGCUGUAGUCAACAUGACUGUUAUACUAUGAGGUGCUUACCAAAAUUAACUAAUAACUAAUUAAGUUAUCCAGAAGCAGAACAUGGAAGGCAUUAGCUACCAGUGCUAUAGCUAAGCUAGCAAUGCUACAGCUACGCUAGCAGCAUUCGGCUGACUUACCAGCGCUACUGCUGCUUGUCAUAAAUGUUCAAACUGAGGAGCAUUGGGUUAGCUUAGUGGGAUGAGCAGGUGACCAUAUGCUAUAUGGCCAGGGAGAGCAGUAGACCCUGGUUUGAUUCUAACCCGUGGGCCUUUGCUGCAUGUCUUCCCAUCUCUCCCCAGUUUCCUGUCUCCUUACACUGUUACUAUUGAAUAAAGGCUAAAAUAGCCCAAUAAAAUAAAUAAAUGUUCAAACUGCUGAGUACUCUCAGCAUGGCUUUACAAAUGAUGAAAUGUGCUAUUAGCUGACUCACAGGCAUUAGCAUAAAAGUAGCUUGUUCAUGUUUACUACACUUCGGUAGCACAUUGAUGAUAUCACUACCUGAUUUUCAGUACGCAUUUGUCUAUGCCAUCUGCUUCUGGGUAAGCAGCUUCCUGAUUUGCAGAGUUAAGUCAAAAUUCCAACAAAAUAACUCAAAAUUUAAAGUCAUGCUUGUCCUCUUCUCUCCUCUCUUGAAUUCCUACCAACCAAUAACGUCCAAUAGCAAAAUACUGGCAUCUUUUAGAAAAACAGCUUUCAUGUAAGUAAAACUAAUGGGUAUUUGUAGUGUUUUAUUUCAGUGCAGACACAUUAUUGAUUGUGUAUUUGUGAAAAUAAAAAUAAAAUAUGUGCUUUUGUUGUCUAGAAGCAGGUGUAAAUAACUAUUUCAGCCAUUUAGCUUCAUCCAGUCUUGUUGAGGCUUUCUUAUGAGCAACCCUGCUGCACCCUCUGGUUGCAUUACGGCCAAUUUCUGUAGAAAUGGAUGGGAAAUUGAAUGGCUGUUGUAGAUUGGCUGCUAGGUGCAAUUUUUUUUUACGCUCUAAAUGUAAAGCCAUCUUAAAUAGAAGCCUUUUCAAAACGACAGGAAAAAAAAGAAAUUUCAACUCUUCUUGCCAUGCCCAAAAAUAAAAAUCAAUAAUCCAUCUUAAACUGGUUCUAUUAUUCUUUCAAAAAAUCCAGCUCCAGACUGGUCUUAACCUUGAUUCAAAACACGUUUUUUUUCCACAGAGCCAAGUUUGAUGUCAGUGAGAACAGAUAUCCCCAACAGCACUCUCUGAAACACAUGGCUCUGGCUGUGAGAAGCUAC